GAGCUUCGCUUUGCUGGUAGAGACAGCAUAAUCUUCCUGGUUGAUGCUUCAAAGUCAAUGUUUGAUAGUCUAAGUGAUGAAGACCUUCCUCCUUUUGAAAUAGCGCUACAGUGUAUUCGUAGUGUUUACACCAGCAAGAUCAUCAGCAGUGACCGUGAUCUAUUAUCUGUGGUGUUUUUUGGGACCAGGGAAAGCAAAAAUUCUGACCCCUUUAAGCAAAUACAUGUUCUGCAUAAUCUGGAUACACCAGGAGCAAAGCGAGUUCUGGAUCUAGAUAAGUACAGAGAAGAAAAAGGAAGAUCUUUUUUCUCUGACACCAUAGGUCAUUCACUGGAUUAUUCCCUGGGAGAAGCUCUCUGGCAAUGCUCAAAUCUCUUUAGCAAUGUUAAGAUGAAACUGAGUCACAAGCGUAUUAUGUUGUUCACCAAUGAAGAUGAUCCACAUUCCAUUGAUUCUGCCAAAACAACACAAGCGAGAGCCAAGGCAAGAGACCUUCGCGAAACUGGAAUUUUCUUGGAUCUAUUGCACCUUGAAAAGCUUGGUGGUUUUAAACUUUCUCUGUUCUAUCGUGAUAUUGUUAACACUGAUGAGGAUGAGGACCUUGGUGUUCAGCAUACAGCUUCCAGGAAAUUGGAUGACCUAAUGAGAAGAGUGCGGGCCAAGGAAAGCAAGAAGCGGGCCUUAUGCAGACUCUCAUUGAAGUUGGAUAAUGAUGUCAGUCUUACGGUUGGUGUUUAUAACCUAUUGCAAAAAGCGAUGAAGCCACCUCCUGUCAAGCUUUACCGUGAAUCCAAUGAGCCUGUGAAAACGAAGACACGUUCUUUCAAUAGGGAGAAUGGAAGUUUGCUGCUUCCCAGUGAUACAAAGAAAUCACAGACUUAUGGCAACAGGCAGAUUGUUCUGGAAAAGGAGGAGACAGAAGAGCUGAAGAGAUUUGAUGACCCCAGUUUGGUCUUGAUUGGGUUUAAACCAAUCACAUUCCUGAAGAAUUAUCAUUUUAUAAGACCUGCACAAUUUGUAUAUCCAGAGGAAUCCCUUGUCAGUGGCAGCAGCACCUUAUUCCAUGCAUUACUUAUCAAAUGCCUAGAAAAACAAGUGAUGGCUAUCUGCAGAUGUACUCCUCGGAGGAAUACACCCCCUCGGUUUGUGGCUUUGGUGCCACAAAAAGAAAAACUUGAUGAGGACAAUAUACAGAUUAAACCCCCAGGUUUCAACCUCAUUUUUAUUCCAUUUGCUGAUGAUAUUCGUAAAAUUGGAGGUACAGAAAAAGUUCCUGCCGGAGAUGAACAGGUGGAUAAAAUGAAAGAAAUUGUGCACAAAUUGAGAUUUAAAUACAGGUUAGUAAUCAUCUGUUGCUACUUCUGUAUAACACAUUUAUGUAAGACAUGUUGUCAAUUUACUGGAAUGGGACUUUUAAAGCAUAUCUAAAACUAAAAACAAAAAUGCAAUAUAUUACUUUGUGUGGGUUGUGUUAGUUUUGUAAGGCUUAUUUUUAAUUUUUUAACUGGUGAUCAACCAACAAGAUUUCUGUGA